AUGGUAGAUGAUAUCGAUGCAAAGCCCGUUCUUCCCAGGAGGAUCAACUACAAUCGAAUCAUCGUCCCAUCAGCUCUUUCUCCUGUUGCUGGUCCAUUUAAUCCGAACACCGAGAAGAUCAGAACCGUAGCAAUAUCACCAUAUUUCGGAUUCGUAGGGAAGCGGCAGCGAGAGCUGAUCAAAAUUCACAAAACUCCUGCAGAUCCUAAGAUAGCAAUGCACAAGCCACUCGCACACUUGUAA